UGUCCGUGUGCUCAGGUUUGAGGGUGGGAAUGGUAGGGACAAAACCCCUAGUCAGGACUACGAAGGGUCUGAUUCAAGGCUUGCGGGCAACCGAUGGCGACUAUUCUAUGUUCCUUGGCAUACCAUAUGCGAAGGUCAACGAUACCAACCCGUUUGGGCCGUCGCUGCCUUAUCCCGAUUUUGACGAUGUAUUCGAAGCCAACGACGACACAGCGAUGUGUCCACAAAUUGAGGAGUUUAACAAUACCAUAUCAGGUUCCUUAGACUGCCUUCAUCUCAACAUCUACGUUCCUAACUCAGCCACUACGAGGAACAAGCUGCCUGUCCUUAUCUGGAUACACGGCGGAGGGUUCAACUUUGGCUUCGCGGGCCGCUUCCUGUACGGACCCAAGUACUUAGUAAGGAACGAUAUCAUUGUGAUUACUUUGAACUACCGCCUCGGGCCUUACGGUUUCAUGUGUCUCGGCUCACGCGAGGUGCCCGGUAACCAAGGACUCAAGGACCAGUUGAGCGCGCUGCGCUGGGUUAAAGAGAACAUCGAUGCUUUCGGCGGCGACCCCAGCAAGGUGACGUUGUUCGGAGAGAGCGCAGGCGGCGCCGCAGUCGAUCACCACCUGCUCUCGGAGCAGGAGAAGUUGUUUGAUAAAGUGAUAAUACAGAGCGGCAGCGCUCAGAGUUCAUGGGCUGUACAGAAAGCUAAUACUGCUGCCCCACUCAGGAUAGCGCAAUUCCUUGGCCGAGACACCGCCGAUGUUAAUGACGCUUUGAACUUCCUGGCGACCGUAGAACCGAGGCUUGUCAUCGUAGCUUCAUUGCUGUCGGGCAACUUUUUCGUACCUUGCAUAGAAGAAGAUAUCGAGGGUGUGGAGAGGUUCAUAUCGAGGCACCCCCUAAACAGCGUGGUGCCGAAAGCAAAGGAGGUCCUCAUUCUCAAUGGCUACAAUAACCAGGAGUUGCUGGUUCCGUAUGUAAACAAACGUGUCGAAGAGCUCAGUUUGGACUUGUUCAAAAACCAAUUAGGAGCGUCGUUCGAUUUGAGAAAAGAUGCGAGUCUGGAGACACUGGUCCGUCAGUUUUACGUGGGGGAUGAAAAAGCGGGGGAGAGUGUGCGAUGGCAGCUGAUGGACUUCGAAGCGGACAUCACCUAUAACCACCCGAUGCAUCGCAGCCUACACAAGUACCUGCAGAGCGAGGGCACGGUCUACCAUUACAUCUUCUCUUACUCCGGAGGCAGAAACUUUGUCAAGUACAGGAACAACAUAACAGAGGGCGGGGCGUCGCACGCGGAUGAGAUCGGGUACCUCUUUGAUGUCGCAAUUUUCAAGGAGUCACCUUCGGAACAAGAUCAGCUUGUCAUUGACAGGAUUACCACAAUGUGGGCCAACUUUGUGAAAUACGGCGAUCCCACACCCGAAGUCAGCGACCUUUUGCCAGUGAAAUGGCGGCCGAUUACUGCGGAUGUCUUCACGUACCUGGACAUAGACAGGCAGUUGACAGUCGCCAGCAGACCUUUCCACAAGCGAAUGGCGUUCCUCGACCUCGUUUACAAAGCAUACAAACACUUACUGAAAGGAUAUAAUGGAAGUUAUACGAAUAAUUAA